AUGGGCCAAGAAUUAACGUUGAGCGUGCCCACUCGAGUGACGGACGUGAAUUUGAAGAUUAAAGGAGGAGAGGAAGUUAUGAUGCAAACUUUAACAAUGAAUAGGGAACGAUGUUUGAAUAGGGAGCUCGUAGAUUCGUUUUUUAGAACUUUACGGCACAAUAGCGACGAUGUAAUUCAGCAGAAACUUAAUAAUGCAGGUAAAACAGAUCGACGUGCUAAAUCAGCAAGAUGCCAGGAGUUUGUAAAGCAAGAGCUCUUCCCGAGCUGGGAUUUGCGAUUAAAAGCGGUAGGGUUUUGUGAAAAGGAAGCGUUUGCUCUGAAACAAGAGCUCGACGAAAAAUACGGCGCGACGUCUGUUUCUGCGGGGCAAAUUCGAGAGGCACGUAUGGAUCCUUACGCAGCAGCUGAAAGACUGGAAGCAAAAGAGUCGCAUUAUGCGCAAUGGAAGGACUUGAAUCGAUGGAUUGGCAAUCAACAUGGAAUUGAGAGGAUUUUACAGAGAAACGCAGCUAACAUUUUAGCGAGAUCCUGUGAUCCAGACACGGCUUAUUUUACAGAGUUCGAGGAGUUUAGGAAGUCUCUGUGA